UUCUAUCUUCUUAUUUGCUUUUUACGCAAAUGGUUGAAGGAAACGUUGAUUCAAUUUUACAGGAAUUUGAUUGUGUUGAUAUAUACAAACAACCCGCUUUCCAACAUCCAUUGUUGAAAAACCACAAGAUUCAGGAAAAUUUCAAUUUCAAUAAAAGCCAUAUUAUAAAAAAUAAAUAUAAAGAAAAUGUUCUAAGUUGUCCACAAGGAACAGUUCCAGUUUUAAAACAAAAAAAUGGAACUGAAAUCAUUCAUCUCAACACAGUCGAGUAUCCUGGUCAACAUUUUGCAACAAUCGAGACCGUUUUGGAUGGAAGUAUCUACCGGGGAGCAGAAUCUAUGAUAAGUAUUCAUAAUGUAACUGUACAAAAUAACCAAUAUAGCAAAAGUCAAAUUUGGUUGGAGAAUGGACCUCGAGGUGAACUUAAUAGCAUACAAUUUGGUUGGGCGGUGCAUCCAAGAUUAUAUGGGGAUACUUUAACGCGACUUACGAUAUAUUGGACUGCAGAUGGGUAUAAGAAAACUGGGUGUUAUAAUACAAAUUGUCCUGGCUUUGUUAUUAUAAGUCGAGUUCCGCAAAUUGGAAUCGCUUUUAAUGAAUCCUCUAUUUAUGGUGGUAAAGGAUCAGUUGUUAUCAGACCACAAGUUUUCCAGGUAAAUCUUCUUCACAUUUUAUACGACAAAUAAUUCGACAACA